GACUCAUUAACAAAGAAGAGGCCUGAACGAGCUGACAUGGUCAUGGCAACAACGCAAGCAGCUCACGUGGGAGACGGCGUCCUGGCCAAAAUGCUAGCAGCUGCGAAAGAAGUCGAAGGCUUGGCAGCCACUGCUAGUAACUUGGAGAAAGCUCAGCUCGCCAACUGGUUGGAAAAGCACAAGACGGUGGAAGACGUGUUCAAGCUCCUGAAGCUUGGUGAUGAAGCGGGCAAGCUCUUCAGCAGCCCUGUGUUUAGCACUUGGAUCAGCUACGCAGAGACGUUGAGCCAGAGUUCGGAAGAGUCGAUGGCCUCGAUGGUUCGAGUGCUGAGGCUGCACCGUAAAGACGAAACUCUUAUGAAUCUGGUCGCUGCUGGUAAAACUUCGUCGCCGCCCUUCGAUGUGAAAAAUCUCUCCGGAAACCUGGAGAAGAUGCUGAUGGAAAAGUGGAUGUCCAGUGUACAAAGUGAGGCCCGAGUGUUUGAGCUGAUGGGGCUGAAGAGUACU